UUUUGUAAAUUCUAGAAAUUGUCAUUUCCAUACAUUUCAGAAAUUUCUUGGAUUUUUAAAACUUUAUUUAUCAGACUUUAAUACCUUCAUGAAUUACAAGCUCAUGAGCAUUGUGUUUAAGUGGAAUAAAAGUAUUAAUUUAACAUGACUUUACUGUGUUUUAUUCUUAUUACAUGUUGCGGUUUAAGUGUUGUGAAUGGAGAUGAAGUAGCCGAAAAGGCAGUAAGGGAAUAUAGAGAAUUGUGUCCACUAACGACGCUUUGCCCAUCGCGCUCGAAGACGACACCAACCCCAACAACAACAAGAACUAGUGGCAUACAUUUUAAACCGUUGAGACAUAACAUUGCUCCCCCGGAGUGGCCAGGUGGCUCAUACGCUUGUUGUUUGGAUUGUUCAUGUGAUUCCAACUGUGGCCAUGAUUGCUGUCCUAAUGUUCUGGAGGAUUUUAUGAGUCCUGCUGAGGUAGAAGCGACCCGCCAGUGGCAGUGCGUCCACACACAAUAUACAAAGUCGAAAAAUGACUAUAUUAAUAUAGAUAAUUCUUUUAUACUUGUUGGACAAUGUCCAAGCCGGGUCAAGAACCAAGACGUAAAGAAGAAGUGUUUGCAAAAGUACGACGAAUAUGAUUUUGCGGAAGGUCCGCAGUACUUUGUGCCAGUGUCUUCUAGGUUUAGGACGUACAGAAAUAGAUAUUGUGCAGAAUGUCAAGGGGAAACGGAUGGUGAUCUCAUACCAUGGAGUAUGCAUUUGAGAUGUGAAUAUGGCAACGCGUUCUUGAACAGGUUUACGGAUAUCCCAUCCCUUCUUGAUGAGCGGACGGACUGCUAUAUUUUCUUCCAACCACCAGAAGAUUUAACUGCAGGGUUAGAACAUUGCCCUAUAUACACUAACAGAUGCAACGUAACGGGAAGAUGGACGACGUAUGACCCCGAUAUUGAGGCAGCCUGUCUGUCAUACCGUUCUAUUUACUUUAACUACAAUAACGUACAUUGUUACUUGUGUAAUGGUGGAGAUGCAUCAAAUGUCUCUCCCUAUUGUUACGAUCGUGGACAAGGUAUAUAUCGUGCUCCAAAGUACUCAUUCAUCUCGUUGCUUGAUUUUAAUGACCUUGAAAAAUCCUUAAAAGCGGAAGGGGUAAUGGUGCCUGAUGAAAACUGUGAUCAUGGCUACAUACAAGAUCCUUCUGAGGGUGGAUGUAGACGUAUCUCUUGUGCCAAAGGACAAAUUCUAGUAAAAGAUGGGACGAAUAUUCGAUGUGAGGUGCCAUUGAAAACUGCAGUUGAUUCGUUUGCAGUUACCUUUCAUUUGAGCUAUGUACUAACUAUGAAGAAAGAUUUCAAUUCAUUUAACCCACCACAUUAUCAUAAACUUCAGACAGUUGCCUUAGAAGACGUUUACACUAAACUUGAGUUUUUGCCGUUUCGAAUUUCAGGUUUUAACCUCUAUAUGUUUACACAAUUAAACACCAGUGUCGAUGAGCUGCUUGGUGUUUUAAAUAAAACUGACGAUGAAGAUAUUUGGCCACACGUUAAACAGACAUAUGUUUCUGUAUCGCUUCAAGUUGAGACAAAUCCAACUAUAAGUGAAGUCGGUGAAAUGCUUCAUGAUAUGGCUCAGGUUUUUACAGCCUCUGAUGAUCUUUACCUCGUAUUCGACAUGCAAUACACAACAGCCCUAGAUUUUGGACAAAUUUCAUACAAUACCAUUAGCCGCAAUCACAUGGAUGUGCUAUCAAUACCCUUAUGGAUUAAGUCUGGGAUUGAAAACUCGUUUGCUGACGAACACGGUAAUGACAUACUAUUGUUCAAGCAAGGUGACAAUUAUGGAUAUCAACAACCUUUUUCUAGUCUUGAAGUAGAAGUCUGGCCGAAUCCAACAUGUCCAAGAAUUAAUCUGCUUUCGGAUGAAACUCAAGAGAAUACUAUUGAAGUGCUGUUAUCCACAUAUAACGAGGAAAACACAUAUGAAAAGCGUGGACUGGUAUGUUAUGAUGAUUUCAUCAAGUAUAAAUUUGGUACUCCAGUGAAACCCAGUUACCCAAGUUCAGACCAGAAUGCCUUAGCAUGGAUAACAGUUAUCAGCAUGAGCUGUUCGAUUAUUUCUCUUGUUGUAACUAUAGCUGUGUACAUGAGUGUGCCAACAAUGCGACAUCUUCCUGGCCUGAACAACAUCGCAUUAUCAGCAUGUCUGAUUCUAUUUUAUGUGUUUGCUAUGAUGAGCUUUGUUAAUUUUGAUAUAUCCUUAAUUGCUUGUCAAGUUCUAGGUGCUGCAUUACAUUUCUCUUUCCUGGCGUCCAUUUUCUGGAUGCUCACAUGUACAUUCCAUUUCACAUUGAUGGUCACAUCUGAUAUAAGCUUUUCAGUAUCUUUAAGUAUCAAGAAACAGUUUCUGAGAUACAUUGUAUUCGUGUUAACAGCGGCGUCUGUUGUAGUCCUCAUUCACAUUUCUAUAAGUUACAUGACAUUAGAUGACAACUCCCUUGGAUAUGGUGGGCAACCGUGUUUCAUAGCAAAACCGUUUCUCAUACUGUAUACAGCUGCUAUUCCAUUAGGGUUUAUUAUUGUUAUGAAUAUUGCGAUGCUAGUAUACGCGUUGUAUACUAUUUCGAAACACUCAAGCGUUAAACCACAUUCAACGCGACGGAACAUUAGUACGUUAAAGAUAUUUGUAAAACUGUCUUCCCUAACCGGAAUUGCUUGGCUGUUUGGAUAUAUAUACCAACUAACUCAUGAAACCGUGGUGGCCUAUCUCUUUGUUAUUUUGACAGCAUGCCAAGGUAUUUUCAUGAUGGUUUCGUUUGUUUUAAACCGCCGGGUUUUUAAGUCAGUGUAUGAAUCAAACUUUUCUUCAACGGAAAUGUCGACACGACCCAUUGCUUGAAGAAUCAGUCUUCUAAAUUUCUAAUAAUUUCUGUACUGCAAAAUAUUUAGUACGUGGUAAAAAAAAACAUGAACUCACUUCAUUGUAACCAAACAAUUUGGGGCGGAUCCAAUAUUUGAUGUUAGAGGAGGCGUUACUUUCAGAAGAAUUUAACAAUUUCUAGCUCGAAAAUGUGCAAUUUUAGCGUAUUUUAUUAUUUCCUACUCCGAUAUUGACAUAAAAAGUAAAUCUUGAAGAUUUGAUAGGGGCGCGAGCCUGGUCCGCCCCCCUCCCCCUGGAUCCGCCAGUGACGAUAUAUACGCCGUUUACCAUGUCAGGUUUCCUUUUAAGCAUGGCCUGAAGCCGUCAGAGUUGCAUCAGGAAUAAACUUAUGGUAUACAGACACAUUGAUUUUUAAAGUCUUUCAAGUAUAUAGCCACACUUAAAGCACGUUUGAAAAGGCUAGAUGAAAGAAAACUGUAUAUAAUUAUACAUCUAGAGGCACUUAUUGCAGUUUUAGCAGAAUUUUGUUUGUUUGUGUUUUUUUUUGUAUAUUUUUUAUUUUUUUUAUUUUGCUGGUAUUUAGUGGUAUUUGGAAUUGCAACAUAACAGGAAAAUGUCUUUCGAAUGUUCAAAAUUGAUGUAAACUUUACUGGAAUCCUUACGUCAAAAGCGAUACAUAUUACCACUAAUCGCCAAAAGCAUAUAUGCUUUCAUAACAAGUGAAAUAAGAGCUAAUUUUCUGCUCAAAUGCGCAAUAAUGUAGCAUUUCAAAGAGCAUUAAAAAUAAAUAUACAGCAUAUGAGACUAUUGAUGAGUUUUACAAAGGUCUGUAGAUUUUUAAAUACUUUUGAAUACGUUCCGCGUAUGUUCCAGCAUUGAUACGAUAUGAUAUAUCUCAAAUGAGUGUUUAUUUUGUAUCGAAUUCAUUAAACGAGUUCAUUUAAAAACGAGGCUCUGCCGAUUUACAUUUUCAAAAAAUAUUCAUCGCGAUUAAAAAUUAGCAGUAUUUUAUGCAAUUGAGUAUUUGUUCUUUAAUAGUGUAACCGACAACAUACGUUUGUAUAAAACAAUAGUUGAUUUUUGUUAUGUCGUAUAUCAUUGGUUAAAUGACGUCGAACUUAUCCAAUCGGAGCGCAAUAUUGAAGUAAAAAAUGACGUCAUAACUCCUUGCGUGCCAUACAAAAUGAACGUCAAGUUUAUCUACACAGAGGACUAGGCAAAUGUUAUUAUGGUGGAAUGCCUGGAAACGGUUGCCUCGCCAAACAAGGGGAGUAAUUCUGCGACAUUAUUGUAUUAACACUAUUUAUGUUGUCCGGUUAGCGCAGUGGUUAGCGCACUCGCUUUUCACCAAAGCGACCCGGGUUCGAUUCCCGGCCUGGGCGCAUGUGAGUUUGGUUAGUGGUCACCAAGCCGGACAAUCGGGUUUUCUCCGGGUUCUCCGGUUUCCCCAACAACACAAGACCACACUCUCGCGCAACAUCGUGCCAACGAGAGUAAUCAAUAUAAGUCGUAAUAGCUUGUUUCACAAUCGUUGUAAAAUUAAGUAAGUUAAAACUAAACUAACACUACUUCUUUAACUGCUCACUAUUUGUAGUCGAAAGGCAGAUACUUUUUCAUAACACUAGCCAAUUUCAUCCUCUAAGCACUAACAAACUUCUUUUCGGAUCUUUUAACCUCUCUAAUGAUGAUAAUGUUGUAAUAUGUACGGAAGUGCACCACUAUAUAAAGUACAGUAAUCGCUUCUUAAGCAGUAAGCACAAGGAGAUAUAUCUCUCUCUCCAAUCUUAAUUCUGACACACCAAAUUCAUGUUUCGUUCCGCGGAUUUACCGCUCCUAUUUUUUUGAAAAUGUAAAAAAUUUAUUUUUUAUUUUAUUUGUUCGCCCGCUCCUAUAUUUUUGGAUGGAAAUCGUAAUGAUGAACAAUGACUCAACUAAGUAUUAUUUGAUUCAAGUCAAAAUACAAGUGACCAGAAUUUUACCGUAUGACGUCGAAAACAUAUCAAUGAGCAUAAAACUACUCUGAACAUACCCUUGGACUUUUCAUUUCGAUAAGCAAAUGCCAUUGCAUUUACUGUGAUAUUCAAAACGAAAUAAAGUCAAGAAAUUUAAAUGUAUAUCGAGUCUGAUGUUUGAUGAUGCUUGUGUAAAAUAUGAUUUUUUAAACAUCCGAAAUCAAUCCUAAUGAAUGUCUAAAUACAGUUGCAAAUGAUGUUAAAGUGAUUCAGGUACAUUCAUAUAAGUCUUUUAAAACUUUCUCCUAAAAGCAGCGUUCUUUUUUAUUUUAAAUGAUUGUCAUACUAAAAAUAUGUUUUAAUUAAAGUAGAAAUUUGGUUCUCCGUAUAAUGUGUGAACUAAAAACAAAUAAAUAAAUGUAUUCGGACAUUUUCCCAAUGUCCUUUAAAGGUUCAGUUCAAGAUUGCAUUCAAAUGGGUUUAUACUUAUAUUAUAUUUAACGUGUAUUAUAUGUAUAUAUAGAUAUAUAGAUAUGUUGAAUAAAAUAUGUUUAAAAUGGGUUUAAAGCAACUUUAUUGAACAAUCUCUCUUAUUUAUAUUGAUUAUAUGAAAAAAAAAUCCGCUCUUCGCUCGCUUCGGUUUUUACGAAAACUGACCAAAUCGAUUUUUUUUUCGGUCGCUCGCUCCAAUUUUUUUUAAAUCCGAGGAACGAAACAUUAAUUUGUUGUAGCCUUAGCUUAAUUUCUACUUUUUAUUAUUAUUUAUUGCAUUACACGAUCUAUUAAUUAAAAAUCUCUUUUCUCGUAGUUUUAGAAUAAUUUCUACUUUUUAUUAUUAUUUAUUGCAUUGCACGAUCAAUUUAUUAGAAAUCACAUUUCUCGUAGUUAUAGAACACAUUAUUCUCAUUUCUAUGUAUAUGAACAUUAUAUAACUGCAUGAAAUAUUACAUUUGGUUUCAUAGUUAAUGUGACAACGUAAUCAGUUAUGCUUUUUAAGUGACGUUUUGGGAAAGGGCCGUAACUGAUGUUGGAAAAACUCGUGACCCAAUCCCUUUGCUCUUCCUUUUUAUAUUUACGUAAGCUUUGUUACAUUACACUGUUUCUGUUUCUUUUUUGUUAUCAUCAUCAUCAUAUAUUGUGGAAAUGUAUAGUCAUGAAAUAAAAAAGUUUAAAAUAAAUUUGAUUGGUAACACAUCUCUUAAAGGCCUAGUUUAAGGAAUGUUUGGCAUGAUAAUCCCCUGCCGUGCAUCUCCUGCUAAUUGCACUGAUGUCAAAGUAGGGGCCAAUUUCCUGUGUAUACGUUUAUUGGCUGCAGUUAGGGUCCAUUUCUGUCAUUAAACUUCUAAAACUGCACAGCAGGAUACUCUGA